UAUAUCUGUACGCGGGGUGCGGAUGUCACGAUUUUCGUGCUUUUCGUGAUUUUUCUGUGAUUAUACGGAAGACACACUUGUUCAAGAACCAAAUGUUCUUAUGUCAUGUGAUUCGCCCACAAAUAUACUUAUUACUUUGUUUACACUACUUACAAGAGCCCCUAUAUUUCGUGCACGUUGACACCCAACUCGUUGGAUGUGACAGUGAUGGACUUUAAAUGGAAAAAUAACUUUGAAUCAUUUCAAUCUUGCGAGAUAAGCUGUUAAAAUGGCUACCAGAGCCUUAACAGCCGUCCUGCGCUGUGCAGUAAACAAAUCACAACAGACUCGAUCUUUGUAUACCAUUCAAAAUAAAAUUGGAAACCGGGAGAUUGUUGGUUUCGGAGUGAACUCAGAACCCAUCUACAUAGAUGCAACUGACUUCCCAAUGCCUGCCAUCCGGUUUAAGGAAGUUACACCUGAUAUACAGGCUCUGAGGGGCAAGGAAAAAGGAGAUUGGAAAAAACUCACGAUUGAAGAGAAAAAGCAAUUGUACAGAGCGAGCUUUAGACAAACUUUUGUUGAAAUGGAAGCACCAACUGGUGAAUGGAAAAUGAUCUUGGGGGGCGUUUGCAUCGGUACUGUUCUUGCUCUAUGGAUCGUUGUUUGGUUGAAAAAAUAUGUUUAUCCUCCUCUACCAAUUUCGUUUACCCCAGAAUACAGAGAAGCACAACUUCAACGCAUGCGAUUACUUGAUAUGCAACCCAUUACAGGAAUCCCUGGCGGCCGUGUUGAGGUUUAAGAAAACAAAUAUCCUUUUAGUAAGUGCUGCAUUAGUGCAAGUUGAUACAGCUAUACUAUUGCAAAACUUGUAACAAUCUGUGCAUUGAUUCAUACGAAUAAAAUUAUCAUAGAUCCAUUAUUCACGUAGCGUCAGUUGAUUAUUCGAACUGCAAUAUUAUUCAAUGCAAAACAAUGAUUAUUGUACUUUUAAACCGACAUAUACACCAAAGCGUUGAUAAUUAUUUUUCGUAUGUUUGAAAUCCUUCAAUUACACAACGUUAUCUGAUUCAUUUUACCAAACAGUAAUAAAUAAACUAUUAUUGAUAAAAUAA